UUGGUCAUGUAUCUGUUUCAGGACUUGUAUUAAAUCCGUAUGUAUUUUUUUGCUAUUGUAGGAAUCAGAGGAAUGGAUUGAUUGGCAAACAAAUGUUUUGCGUGAACGUAAUGCAGUGGAAAAUGUUUUUCACUGGGCCUGUGGUCGCCCAACAACAUUACAGGAAAGGACAAGAGAUAGUGAUGAAGACGAGCUUCAUGAUAGAGAUUAUGAUAUUAGAGCCUUAGUGAACAAUACAAACCAUGCAUUUCGGUACCAUGUUUAUGAGAAUGAUAAUGUAGAUGAGGCCCAUGUUUCUCUUGACCAAGAUGAUGAGGAUGUAUACAUCGAUCAAGGAUCUUCUGGACUUGUGAUUUCUACUUUGAAGCAUGGUGUCGAUAACCAGAGUCUUUUCACAAAUUGCGACUGGUUUGCGUUCGAAGAUGAAAGUGCCUUGGAAACCCUGGAUAGGAUGGAUGACAUCAAUCUAAAUGAGACGUCCAGUGGUGGUAACAGCAGUGAUGAUGAGGUAGUGGUUGGAGUAGAGGAGCCUACCAAAAUUGUGCUGCCUGAAGACAAGUGUACUGUUUCUGACUCAGAUUUCAAUGCCGACAAUACAAGCACAGCUGAUGAAUCCCUCAAUGAGCUAUCAACAGACGUAAUGAAACUAAAUGUUGCAGAUGUGAAUCCUUUCGAGUUUGAAAUUGCUGAGAAUGUGGACCUUUUUAAUGAUCAACAGCAGCCUGAAUGGGUGGGCUGGCGUGAAGCUUCCGAUAUUCAGGUGGAUGAACCUACUGAUUUUUCAACCCAGUUGAAUUCCGGGGAAACUGCUGCAAGCACAUCGGUUAGUACGAUUGGUGUGGUUGCAGGUAGCAGUGCUUCUACUGUAUCAGAAUCUGGUGAGUUGGCAAAAGUAGACGAGACCACCCAUUGUUCAUUUGAAGAGGACGCAGAGUUUGUUGGUGCAGAUAUUGAAGUAGGCAGAGCCAUGGAAGAUGAGGUUACUGCACCCAAGAGAAACUUCCUUCUCAAGGAUGAAACUGCGAUUUUGGAGUUCAACAAGAGUCAUUGGCGUAUCGAACCUGAGGUAGGUGUAGUUCAGGAAUAGAGAAUUAAAUGUAAGUAGUACAGUUCUUACAGCAGUGGGACGUGUACAGUGGCAUUUAUUCAGAAGUGCAUCUGGCGACAGAUGUACGUGUACUGUCCUAUUAUAAUUUUGUCCGCUGAGAUUUGCCAUGUAGCUUUGCUUCUGUAAUUUGUCUUUUCAAUAAACACUUGAACAGUACUA